CAAAGUUAAAUAAAAACAAAAAGGAUAAUAAAGAUGGGAUAACGAAUCUGAAUUCUGACAUGACAGUGACGGUUGUUGGGCUUUCCGAUAGUACAACCAAAUGCCACCUGGGAACUGAAGUGUACAUAAAUUGGGGUCACCGGACUGUGAUGUUUGAGAAUCUUUUGUACCAUACUGGGCCCAUAUUAGGCCCGAUUACUACAAGCCUAAAUUAGAUCUAAGCCCAUUCACCGAGGCAAAAACUUUUCUUACCAAAAUCCGCCCCUAAAUUUUGAAAAAUCAAAAUCAAACCCCUGAAAAGUCAAAGCGACGGCGAAAGGAAGAAGAAGAGAGAGAGAAAAAAACGAGACGACGGUGGCGAUCGAAACCCUGUGCCCUAAUUUAAACGGAAACUUGGUUCGCCGCCGUUCUGCGUCGCCCGGCGGCGGAAAUGUGCGCUUGGGGCGAUGCGUUUAAUUCUCACCGUCAUGUGCUCAUUCAUUCCUUACCUUUAUUCAUCUUCUCCUCACCGUCCUUGCUCUUCCCCAAUCUCUCGUCCUCCUCCUCGAAUCCGUCCUUGUCGUCUCAGUCGUUUCGCCACCGCAUUAGUCGCUACCUCCGCUCUUCUUCUCGCUUCCGUCGCUUGGCUUUCUCUCGUCUUCUCACCAACCACUUCCCGUUGUUGGCAUCUUCUUAAAGAUUGGGAAGACAAUCAUCUCUGGAACAAACGGUACCAUCAUCCAAUUGUAACUCCUCCUCCGCCGCCGCCGUCGCCGCCGUCUCUUCCAGCUCUUCCGUUAUUCGAUCAUGAAUUUAGAAAUCGUAGUCUCUCAGAGAUUGAUAAACUUGAUCUGUCUAUGAAUCACUUGAUGUUUGGUAUUGCUGGAUCUUCACAGCUUUGGGAACGUCGUAAGGAACUUGUGAGAUUAUGGUGGAAACCUUCUCAGAUGCGUGGACAUGUCUGGCUUGAAGAGCAAGUUUCUCCUGAGGAAGGUGAUGAUUCUCUUCCUCCUAUAAUUGUCUCUGAAGACAGCUCUCGUUUUCGUUACACUAAUCCUACUGGUCAUCCUUCUGGACUUCGAAUCUCUCGUAUUGCUAUGGAGUCUUUUCGUCUCUCUCUCCCUAAUGUUCGGUGGUUUGUUCUUGGUGAUGAUGAUACUAUCUUCAAUGUUCAUAAUCUUCUUGCUGUGUUAAGCAAGUAUGAUCCUUCGGAGAUGGUUUAUAUUGGAAACCCCUCGGAGAGCCACUCUGCUAACUCUUACUUUAGUCAUAACAUGGCUUUUGGAGGCGGUGGCAUUGCCAUUAGCUACCCUUUAGCGGAAGCUCUCUCCCGGAUUCACGACGAUUGUCUCGAUAGAUACCCGAAGCUAUACGGUAGUGAUGAUCGUCUCCACGCCUGCAUCACUGAACUCGGAGUUCCUUUGUCCAGAGAGCCUGGCUUUCACCAGUGGGAUAUUAAGGGAAAUGCUCAUGGUCUCUUGUCCUCUCAUCCUAUUGCACCAUUUGUCUCAAUUCAUCACGUUGAAGCUGUUAAUCCUCUCUAUCCGGGAUUAUCUACAUUAGAUAGUUUGAAACUCUUGACAAGAGCUAUGAGUUUGGAUCCUAGGAGUGUUUUGCAGCGAUCGAUCUGCUAUGAUCAUACUCACAAACUGACAUUUGCGAUAUCUCUUGGUUAUGUUGUACAAGUUUUCCCAAGUAUUCUCCUACCACGGGAUCUUGAGCGAGCUGAACUUUCUUUCUCUGCUUGGAACGGGAUAAGUCAACCCAGUGAGUUUGAUCUUGACAUAAAGCUUCCAAUUUCGUCUCUCUGUAAGAAGCCUAUCCUCUUCUUCUUGAAAGAGGUUGGCCAAGAAGGUAAUGCUACACUUGGAACGUACUCAAGAUCCUUGGUAAAGGAUGAUUUGAAGACGAAGCUUCUAUGUUUUCCACGCUCUCUACCUCUGCACAAAGUGGAUAAAAUCCAGGUCUCAGGGUUUCCUCUGAGUAAAAAUUGGCACUUGGCGCCGAGACGGUUGUGUUGCAGAGCAACCCCAACUACUACUAACGAGCCUCUCAGAUUAACAGUUGGGCAGUGUGGUAAGAUAAUUUUGGGUUCCACGAUUAGUUCUCAAUGAACACUUAUGGUGAAUACUGGAUCUCUCUAAGCAUGUUGUUUCAGCUCUAUCCUGUACUUGUACAUAGGUAAGAUCCAGAACCUUGACUGUUGUCUGACCUAGAAUGCUAAUAUGCCCAAAAUUGAAUUUGUCACUCUUUUGUUUGUUCCAUGUUCCACUUUCUUUUUUUGUACAUCUGAGAUUUCACGAACUCAACAUUUCCUGUUGAGAAACGAGUGUAAUGUGUACAACAACAAAUCUUUACCAGUGAAACCUAUCCAUCUGUGUGUUAAGUAAGAAUGGUUUUGUUUUGUUUUUUCCAUAUCUACUACAUUGGCAAUCUUGAU